UGCCCGGUACUGCAUUGAGGGAAUUUCUUCAGCAGGUCCUAGGUAUAAAAGAUGAUUCCCUUGAAGAGAUACCAAACAGUCAGUGCUUGGAGUGGUGUAGAGUGCAGGAUGACACGUCUUUUGGUCCUCGGAAUACUGCUCAUAUUCUCUUGUGUUUCGGCUGAAUACACCGCGAAACAACGAGAAUACGUCGAAAGAAUAUCCCAAAAAUGCGCCACCGAGUUGGGUAUCCAGUUUCGAACGAAUGAACUAGAAGAGGCGAUUCACGGUGCCGUUAAUCUAGAGGAAACAUUGUUCAAGAAAUGGGUACUCUGCUUCCAGCAAAAAACCGGUAUAAUGCAACCAGAUGGAUCGAUUCCGAAGGACAAGCUGGUGGAGCUGCUAGCUGAGGGCCACGAUCUAGAGGCGUUGAGCGCCGUUGCCGAGUCCUGCCGCACUGUGGAUGCAGAUUUACUGGAAGAUAAAGCAAAAAAACUGCACCAUUGCUUUUUCAGCGAUAAGCGCUUUAAAAUUUGAACAUAAAACCGACCUGCUAGCAACAAGCAACAAAUAUCUUUUCUUCUAUUCUUCUGGUACUGAAUGAAAAUAAAACUCUUACUAUUUCACAAAUAAAAAAUGGAAGCACCACUGUUGAAACUUGA